GCGCUUUAAAUCAAAUUCGCGUGCACAUUAUAUAAAAUACUAGAUAUCAAUAGUCUCAAACAUGUUACCGAGACGAAAAUAUGUAUUAAAUUUUGUAUUUUUAAUUUUAUAUAAUAUAAUAUUAAUAAAACUAGUAAAUUGCGUAAAAGUAAAACUCCCUGACUUUGUAAAGCAAUGCAGUUUAUCAGCAUCACCAGAAGAUCAACAAAAGUGCAUAGACGAAAAUGUAGAAAUAUUCAAACCAAGAUUUGCAUCCGGUAUACCGGAAAUGCGAAUUCCUGCCUUGGACCCACUGUUUUUAGAAACUAUUAUAAUGUCAGCAGAAAAUUUCAAUGCCAAAUUCACCAACGCUACAGUUGUGGGAGCGUCAAACUUUGAAAUGAUAAAUUCAACAUUUGAUAUUGCAAACUAUUCUCUUAUCAUGAAUGUACGAUUCCCAUACGUACAUUUGGACAGUAAUUAUCGCAUUGAUGGAAAAUUAUUAGUUUUACAAUUGAAGAGUAAUGGAAAAUGUUGGUUAAAUGCAAGUAAUGUUGACGGAUACAUUGAAAUAAAUGGAAAGUUACGCAAAGAAAAUGAUAAGACGUAUUUGGAUUUCAAUGAUCGAUCCAAAAACAAGAUUAAAUUGAAUAUCAAAGAUAAACCUGCAGUGUAUUUCGCGGAUUUGUUUAAAGGCAGUGAAGAGCUGACGAAAACAACGAACGCGGUGAUCAAUGAUAAUAUUGUACAAAUUAUGGAAGACUUUAUGCCAAUUGUCAAUGAAAUUAUCGGUUCGUUUGUGUUCACAUCAAUUCAGACUAUAUUUAAUACUUUUUCAAUGGAAGAAUUAUUUUUACCAUAAAUAUUUUAAUAACUUAUUGGAAUGUACAUAUUCUUUUUGAAUAAAUAAAUAUUAAAUAAGUA